AGAGAAUUCCCAUAAAAUAAUUAACAAAAGGUGGUCAAGUGAGCAAUUAAGAUCUUAUCAUCAACAAGCUGAUCAAUUAAUUAAGAUGAGAACAGGUAUGAUGAGAAGAUGCGGCGGCAUGGCGCCUUUGUGCGCAGCACUGUAUCUGGUGAGCCUGACGAGCCUCGCCGUCCUCGCCGACGCCAGCAACUUCUGCGUCACCGCCAUGAACAAGAAGCUGUGCGAGGAGACGGUGAAGGGGGCCGCCGAUUGGAACCAGGCCAUCACCAAAGCCGUCACUAUAGCCUUGAAGCAGAUAGAAAAGGUUGACCAUGGCCAGGUCAAGACAAGCAUCCACCAGACCAAGUCCGCCUCCGUCGGAAGCGCCGUCGACCGCAUGUGCACCGAGGCCUAUGCCAACGCCAAGGACUUGUUGCAGGAGAGCCUGGAAUUGAUACGGAACGGGGACAAGACUUCUAGCUUGAACUUCAAACUGUCGGCGGCGUUGACCAGCCUUGAGGACUGCGACAACGCUUUCGAUGAUUUCAAAGUGGACGUGGCGAGUGUUCAGGCAUUGAACAACGACAUUGAUCAAGCCAUCAGAGUUUGUUUGGCUGUUGAUAAAUCCAAGUCUGCGGCCCGGAAAUAAUCAUAUCAAUUAACUGUUCAUUAAUAAUAGUUAGUUAGAUGGGAGAUCUGUCUCACAUCUCUCUGCAUGCCAUUAUAUAUAUAUAUAUAUAUAUAUAUAUAUAUAUAUAUAUAUAUAUUGCCGUCUCUAAUUUUCGAUCUCUUCAGUACACUGGAGAUUGAUGGAAUAAGCUAAGCUAAGCUAAGGUCUGUGUAAUACGUACGUAGUAGUGUUCAAUUCUCUUCGCUCGAUCUACUUUCUUUUAAUGAAAGCCUAUUGUUAAUUACUCGAUCCUUUUCUUGACAAAUUUUCCUAAUUUAGC